AUGUGGAAAAAGAAGUUCUUUUACAUCAAAGCUGUUGCCAUUGUUGCAAAGAUGACGUUUCGGAAUGUGACCGAGACGAUCAUAGCAGAGACCAUUGCGGUCCCAACUGCGGGCACGCAGUCUGGUGCUGGGAAAAGGCCAGCAGAAGAGACGGCUGCUGGUGCCGGUGGAACGAAACGUCGGAGGUUGCAGUCUAAGAGGACUGUUCCGACAUCGAAGAAACCUGCGGUUACUGUUGAGCUUCAAGAUAAGGAUUUCUCUAUCUUUGAUGCUCCAGAGUCACCCCAGCAUGAUGCGGGUGCGGGUGUGACUGAGGAACCUUCGACACCUCCUGUCAAGGUGGUGCCCGAGUCAACCGUGCGGAAGGAGGGUGCCGCAGAGAAGGUUGCGACCCAGAUAUUUGAUACCGUUGACUCGUCCAACAAUCUGAUCUCUCCCAAUGAGGGAGAUAAUUUGAGUGUGCGGUUUGCUGAUUCUGGGAAGCAACAGUCUGAUGCAGAACCGCAACAAACUGAUGCUGAAGCGCGGCAGCAUGAUGAGUUGACGAACGCCAAGGCAGCAAAUGUUGCCUUGGGCAAAGAAAAAACUGCAGCUGAGGCAAUUGCGGUUAAGGCGCAGCAGGCGAAGGCCGAGGCCCUAAAGGCGCUUGAAGAGGCCAAGGAAGCCGGGGCGCGUGCUGCAAAGGCACUUGAGGAGGCCGAAGAGAAGGAGAGCCGCUGA